AUGGACUCAUAUUCAAAUAGUAGUCAUAGCAUACUCACAAAGUUUACCAAACUGAGGAAGAAACCUCAACAACCAUUAACGGAUCUAACGGAUCUGUACAGCAAGAUUGCUAACGAAUCCAUAUUUUAUUUAAAACUCGAGAAUCAGAAACAAUAUAAGAGAGCAUUACAAGGUUGGAAAAUGCUCACUACAGACACAAUAUUCCAACUGACAAGGAUAGAACAUAGUAAUCGAAAUAGAGAGUCAUAUACGAAGGAUGAAUUAAGCAUCGAAACAGGUAUUAAAGAAUUAUAUCAUAAAGCAUUGGGAAAUAUGGAGAGAAUACAAGAAUACAUAAAUGAAUCAAAUAUAGAAAAUACGAAUAGUAAUAACAAUUCACAGAAAAAUGGAACAACAACAUCAUCAUCAUCUGUAUCAUCAAGACCUAUGACAGCAAGAACUAUGUCUGCUGGUUUCCCUAGAAUGACACUCCGAGAUCAUCAUUCUAGAAGUAAAGAACCACGCUUCCCUUUUGUUAAUUACAACUCAGCAACUGCAUCGUCUUAUGAUUCCAUCAACAAGACUCGGAAUAAUAUAGAGACUACUAAAGAGAAAGAGAGACGUAUCAAUUUUACAACGUCCAAAUCAUUAGAUCACUAUUCAAAAAAUGCCAGUGACACUGUAAAGAACGAGAGAUCGGAAUCUGACUUAGAAAGUGUGACAUCAUCUUUCAUAUCUAAUAAGUCAAAUGAAUCCAGAUUGAUACCUGCUGAAAAUAUAGAACAGAAUAUAAAGGAUGUUACCUCUCAAAGUGAUAUUUCUUUUGAAGCAGAACCAAUCUUGGCGACAAGUACAGAUCAACUUAGUGUCACAAAUAAUGAAACUGAUGGGGAUUCCGAAGGAGAAGCUGACUUUGAUGUAACUGACUAUUAUGAUGAUUACUUAGAAUUUGAAUCCACUGGCGAGGAAUCUAUGACUGAACUGAAUGGCUCAAACAACAUCCAAGAUAGAGUCUUACACACAAUCGAUAAUAACGAUUUACCAAAGUAUUCAAUCGAAGAAAGGAAAGAUGAAAUUAUAACCGAGGUUCCAUUAACGAAUUUACCAAAACUACCACCAAUGCCUCAUUAUGUACCUCCAAUUCCAGAGGCCCCCAUUUUAAUAAGUGACGAAAAAAUUAUAUCCAAACAAUCGAAUCUUAUCAAAAAGAAGAGCAAUGAAAAAGAAGUAAACGCUUCCAAAACAAAUCGUAGCUCAAAUUCAAAAAGGACCUCUAAACCAUCAACCCCUUUAAAACAGACAAAGUCAACACCGUCUUUACCAACCUCAAAACCACGCCAUUCACUCUCAUCCAAAACUUCCAUGCAAAAAAAUUUCAUGUCACCCUCAACACUCUCGUUAGGUUCAAGAACAUCUAAUGAAAACAGACAUACAGGUACGAGAGCAAUAAAAUCAGAACAAUUAGAAGCAUCGCAACAGGCAGCAAGGAUGGUGUUGAACCAUAAACCAAAGAAUAAUACAACAAGAAUGAAAGAGCUUUCGAGCAGCAAGUCAUCAUCAACAACAAAGUUAUCACCCAAAGUAUCUAAUUCGAAAUCCAAAACAAAGACUCAUACAGAUUCCUUAAUCAAGAGUAAGGCAAACAAACAAAGAACUAUCAAAAAGACUUCACCAAUAAAACAUACCCCUUCUAAAAAGCCAGCUUCAAAAUCAACUAAAAAAUCAAAAUCAUUAACACUGGAGUCCCAAAGUUUAAUUGAUACUGACCCUGAUAGGAGUAUGAGUAAUGACACUAGUAACAAGACCACUCCCAACAGCGAAGAAACAUCAAGAACAAACUCCGGUUUGCAUGGAGAUUCUGAUGACAAAAAAUCCUUAAAGGAAUCAUUAGAGGAACAAAUUAUUGACUCAAUCCCAGGUGUUGAUAAAACAGCUGCUAAACAGAUAUUUCAAGAGAUUGUUGUUCAAGGUGAUGAAGUGCAAUGGGACGAUAUUGCAGGUUUAAAUACUGCCAAAAAUUCUUUGAAAGAAGCUGUUGUUUACCCAUUUUUGAGACCAGAUUUAUUUAAAGGAUUAAGGGAACCAAUUACUGGGAUGCUUCUAUUUGGUCCACCAGGUACAGGUAAGACCAUGCUUGCAAGAGCCGUAGCACAUGAAUCUAAAUCAACUUUCUUUUCCAUUAGUGCGUCAAGUUUAACAUCUAAAUAUCUUGGUGAGAGUGAAAAAUUAGUUCGAGCAUUAUUUUCUGUAGCAAAGAAACUUGCACCUUCAAUUAUAUUUGUCGAUGAAAUUGACUCUAUACUAGGUAGCAGAAACAAUGAUGGUGAAAAUGAAAGUAGCAGAAGGAUUAAGAAUGAAUUCUUAAUUCAAUGGUCAUCACUCUCUAGUGCAGCUGCUGGUAACGAGAAAAAAAGUGAUGGAUCCAAUUCGAAUAAUAAAGAACAGAUACUUGGAAAUAUGAGCGAGGACAAUGAUACAAGAGUCUUGGUAUUAGCUGCCACAAAUCUGCCAUGGUCCAUUGAUGAAGCGGCAAGAAGAAGAUUUGUUAGAAGGCAAUAUAUUCCACUACCGGAAGAUGAAACACGUCUUGUACAAAUUAAAAGACUUUUAUCUCACCAAAAACAUACUUUAACGGAUAGCGAAUUUGAGGAAUUAAUGCAACUAACAGAUGGAUAUUCAGGUAGUGAUAUAACUUCAUUGGCCAAAGAUGCAGCCAUGGGACCUCUGAGGGAACUUGGUGAUCAACUUCUUUUCAUGGAUAGAGAAAACAUUAGACCUAUGGGCUUAAUUGAUUUUAAGAACAGUUUGGAGUAUAUUAAACCAUCUGUUUCUAAGGAAGGUUUGGAAAAAUACGAGGAAUGGGCUGCAAAAUUUGGUUCUUCAGGUAUAUAA